AUGGUUGAGUCCACUUUCGGAAUGCUAUGUCGCCGCUUCGGACUCCUGCAAACCACCAUUCAGCUGGAGCCUACACAUGCUACCGAAGUGGUCACCUCCUUAUUGGUGCUGCACAAUUUGCUGAUCCGAUGGAGGAACCCAGAAAGAGAUAUGGUGAAACUUCCACCACCGAUUCGGGAACUUGAUCCUCUUGAAGACGUAAGUGGAGAAGAAGAAAGUACGGCUGAAAGUGGGGCAAGGGCUAGGGAAUUGAUAACGCGCUAUUAUGACACCCGCUAG